UCAAUUCGGUGCUGGCCGCCAACCGUUCGGGCCAGUCUAGCUAGUCAGUUCGAUCGAGCUUCGCCGCGUCGCCUGCGAAGGAAUUGAUACACUUCGAUUCGUGUUACGCAAAAUACAAAUUAGAUAGGCAAGAAAAUAUUAUAUCGAGUGUAAUAUGGCGCCCGCUAUUAAUAGUACGGUUAGCACCUUUACGACCACAAUUGCAAAUUUGACAAGCACUACUGCGUCGAUUAGUAAUGUCACAGUGGACCCAACUCCCGCUGGGUGGGCCAGCAAUGGUGGCGGAUAUACCACGACGUGGGAAGGUCCCUAUGUGUACUACUAUUCCAACUAUGUGAUGUAUAUCACCCUGGUGUUUCUGUUCAUCUUCCUCCUACCGCUGGUUGUGAUUAUGAGUGCCAUGAAACGCAAGCGGCAGGCGCAAGUCCGGGCCCUGGCUCUGCAGCGACAGCGAGCCCGUCGUGAGAUGGAAAUCAGCGUGAUGAAUAACAACUGCAAUGGCGGUGCCAGCAGUGCCGCCGGCAUCAGCAGCGUCAGUGUAAGUGACCAGAACGACCAGAUAACUGUGCUGCCGAAGACCUUGGAUCUGCCGCCCAGCUACGAUGAGGCAGCAUACUACGAACAUAAGCAAGGAGUCAGCAAUGCAGCCUCCACACUGACCAUUGCCACCAACCUGGAGGUGGGCAUCAAUGAGCCGCCGCCAGUUUACGAGCCGGGAACCGUGGCCACCACCACGACUACAACCACAACAACUUUCCUGGUCAACGGUCAGCCGCCUGUGAUGUAACCGAAACAUUCGACUCCGAAAUCAUACAUUUUAUUUCAUACUUAUACACGCUUAUGCUUAUCUAGACGAGAAAUUUGUACAGUA